AUGGUCCAUAUGCUUUCAAGCCACGGAUUGAAGACCAUCUUUAGUGAACACAAGAGCUGGUUAAUGACUAAACAAUAUCAGCAUAUCCUAGCCUUUGUUUUUGCUUUUAAUGAAAUCAAGAAGGAUUCCAAACUCUUACACAACACCACACUGGGAUCAGAUAUCUAUGACAAUGCUUUCAACCCGCUGCGAAGCUCUCAAGGCAUUAGAAAUAUACUCUUCAGAGGACAAAAGAAUUAUGUCAAUUACAACUGUGACAGGAAGAAGAAAGUCACUUAUGGUUCCUUUGACCCGGCAACGAAUGAAAAAACUCAGUUCCAUUUUCUGUUCCGGAUGGUUCCAAAUGAAUCUCCUCAAUGUGUUGGGAUUGUUCAUCUCCUUCAGCAUUUUGGAUGGAAUUGGAUUGGCCUCCUCACAUCAGAUGAUGACAGUGGAGAAAAUUUCCUUCAAAAUCUGAUACCAAGGUUGUACCAGAGUAAUAUUUGCAUUGCUUUAAAAGAACCAAUUCCGACAGCAAGAGAUUACACUGCAAAUACAGAUCUUGGUAAAAUCAUUGGAAGGAUAGCUCUAAAAAUCUGGCUUGGCAAAAUCAACGUCAUUCUUGUCUAUGGGAAUGAUCAGUCUAUGGAAGGUUUACGAAUAAUUUUACAAAAUUAUGAAAUUGGUUAUGGACUACCAAUAGAGCGAGUUUGGAUUAUAACUUCCCAAUGGGAUGUAACAUCUAUUAUGCUAGAGAGGAAAUUCACACCAAAAUCCCUCAAUGGCAGUUUGUCCUUUGCACUGCACACAAACAAGGUGCCAGGAUUUCAGGACUUCAUUAAGACCCUAAAUCCAUAUCAAUCUAAGAUUUAUUUCAUUCAAGUGUUUUGGUUGUACAUAUUUCGCUGUUCACUACCACUGUAUAACAUUUAUGGGCCCCAAAACAAAAACUGUACUGGAGAGGAGAAGCUCGAGAGUAUUCCUGGAACUGUGUUUGAAACGGGUAUGUCUGGUCACAGCUAUGGCAUCUACAAUGCUGUCCAUGCUGUGGCACGUGCUCUCCAUGCCAUGUAUUCAUCAAGAAGUCAACAGAGAGUGAUGGAGGAAGGAGGUCUUCUGUAUGCUCAGCCAUGGCAGCUUUAUUCAUUUUUGAGAAAUGUUCGCUUUAACAAUUCUGCUGGAGAUGAAAUCUUUUUUGAUGAAAAUGGGGACCUGGCAGCUGGCUAUGAUAUUGUGAACUUGGUCACAUUCCCAAAUCAAUCUUUCCAAAAAAUUCAAGUUGGUCGGAUGAAAUCUAAGACAACUGCAGGUGAAGAGUUUGUGAUUAAUAGAAGUUUGCUGAUAUGGAAUCACAAAUUUCAGCAGCAUGUCCCACGCAGCACAUGUGUCGAGAGCUGCCCCACCGGACACAGCAGGAUUGUUCAAGAGGGGAAGCAAGUUUGUUGCUACGAUUGUAUUCAAUGCCCAGAAGGAAAAAUUGCAGCCCAGAUGGAUGCAGACCAAUGUGAGAAAUGCCCAGAUGAUGAAUAUCCAAACCAAAAAAGGGAUCAGUGCGUUCCGAAAUCCAUAACCUACUUAACGUAUGAGGACCCCAUGGGAGCAAGCUUGGCUUCUAUUGCUGUUUUAUUUUUUGUGGCCACGGUUAUAGUGAUGGGGAUCUUUGCCACACACUGGAACACCCCCAUCGUCAAAGCCAACAAUCGAAGCAUCACCUGUGUCCUGCUUUCCUCUCUGCUGAUCGGCUUUCUGUGCUCCUUCCUAUUCCUCGGCCAUCCUGGGACGGUGACCUGCCUUCUCCGGCAAACAUUGUUGGGCAUCAUCUUCACUGUUGCCAUGUCUUGUAUUUUGGCCAAAACAAUCACUGUGGUGGUUGCCUUCAUAGCUACCAAGCCAGGGAACAGGAUGAGAAAAUGGGUGGGGAAGAGAUUGGCCAUGUCAGUCAUCGUUCCCUGUUGUUUAAUUCAAACUAGCAUCUGUGUGCUGUGGUUGGCAAUUUCACCCCCCUUCCCAGAGUUUGACAUGCACUCCCAAAUGGGCCAUAUCAUCGUACAAUGCAAUGAAGGCUCAGACAUCAUGUUCUACAUUGUAUUGGGCUACAUGGGUCUUCUGGCCACCAUCAGUUUCAUGGUGGCCUUCCUAGCCAGGACAUUGCCGGAUUCUUUCAAUGAAGCCAAGCUGAUCACCUUCAGCAUGCUGGUCUUCUGCAGUGUUUGGAUCUCCUUUGUCCCCACCUAUCUGAGCACCAAGGGGAAAGACAUGGUGGCCGUGGAGGUCUUCUCCAUCUUAGCCUCUAGUGGAGGCUUAUUGGCUUGUAUCUUCUUCCCCAAAUGCUACAUUAUUAUAUUCAAAACUCACCUGAACACCAGAGAGCAGCUAGGAAGGAAAACAAAUACCUAG